AACUGUCGCAGUCGCUGACGUCGUUAUCAUCAUUAUCAUUAUCACCAUCAUCGUCAUCGAUGCUCGUAUACAAGCGCCGCAUCGCAUCGUCGUCGCCGCCGCCGUCGCCGUCGCCGUCGUCGACGACGACAGUGUCAUCGUCAAUAUCGUCAGUGUCGUCAGUGUCACCGUCAGUGCCGUCGCCGUCGUCAUUCGUCGCUCGGCGUUGCUUGGACUCGUCGGCCAAGUCCCCGGGCUAAGGCUCGCCCCGGAGGAGACAUGCCAGUGUCAACGUCGGCAUCGGCAUCGAUAUCGACGUCGGCAUCAAUAUCGCAUGUGCCCCGGUCGCCUCGGCGGGCGCAGUGACGAUUUCCGUCAGCGUACUCUGAUGACGUCAGCCGCGGUGCGAUAUGAUGGAGUCCAUCAGAAAAUGGUUUUACAGGCCUAAGAGGGAUGACACGAGUCUACUGGCGCAGUUCUUCUACGCCGACGAGUCUCUGAACGCGGUUGCCUGCGAGCUGGACUCCUUCGACGGCCGGCAGGAGCCAGAGAGAUGCACGACGCUGGUGAAUCAGCUGCGACACUGUCAGGAUAAGGUGCUGACGAUCUGCAAUCAGAUAAUGGACGACUUGAUCCCGGAGAGCCGCGCCAAUCGGGACUUCAGGGUGAAGUUCCCCGACGACGUGAUGCAGGAGAAUCUGGCCGGGCAGCUCUGGUUCGGGGCGGAAUGCCUGGCGGCCGGCUCCUCGAUCAUGAACCGGGAGGCCGAGAGCUCGGCCAUGCGGCCGCUAGCGAAGGCUCUCACCAAGUCGCUGGAGAUCGUCAGGAACUUGCUGAGAGAGCACGCGCUCAAGGGUCACAUGAACUUGAAGGCGCAGAAUCCCCUCGAGCCGUCCUUGGAGAAGCUCAUUGAGUCGUUGAAGAUCUUCGAUCGACUGUUUGCCGAUUUCGAGCUGUGCUACGUCGGCGCCAUGGUGCCGGUGAAGUCAACGAAGGAAUACGAGCAGCAGGAGCUCGUGUGCGUGCUGUUUUCAGAGACCUUGCAGCGGGCGCUUGAACGCGGGCUGUUGGACCAAGCGGAUGUAGACAACUAUGAGCCAGCUUUGAUGUUCACUAUUCCCCGCCUGGCUAUCGUCUCGGGGCUUCUGGCACCGCCUGGAGGACCGUUGUGCCUCAACUCGCCCGACACCAUAAGCGAGAUGUUUAGACCAUUUAGAACUCUCCUUCUCAAGAUAAGAGAGCUAUUAUGGACGUUAAACAACCGCGAGUUGUACAUGUUGGAGAAGCUUCUAUGCUCGAACGAGGAACCGUCAAGCUCGAUUACGCACUCGACGAAAUCGGCGUGUCAGGACAUACCGGAUUUGGAAGAAUACGUUCAUAACUUUUAUACCGGUUAUCCGAACUGCAAGGAAUUUAUUGUCGAUUUCUACACUGUGACGAGAAACACGGGCAGCAACAUGGACGAGGUGGCGAACGACGCGGUUCAGUCGUUGGACGAGGGCAGCAGGAGUGAUCAGUUACCGAGCAAGAGGCGCGAGCAGGGUAGAAGUGGGCGUAGGAGGAAGAGAAAUGCGGAAACCGAGUCUGAAUAUUUAAACAUAUCCUCGGACGAAUGUGAUAGUAAUGUAAUAUGUGACAGCGCCGAAAAGAUGCAGCAGAGUGAUGGGGAAAGUGUUGGUGAACGAAUGCAAUACGAACGGGAACUGUCUGACGCUUCGCGCGACAUCGGGCAGUUCCUUCGCGACUGUGAUUCAGUUUCUAAUGACGGGAACGACGCGAGUCCCGACUCGAUGGUGCAGAGUGACGUUGGGACGUUCAUUCCCGUCGCGGGUACCAGCGCCUCGGACACCGUCGAGGACAUGCGGACCGAGGAAAGCCUCGUCGUCCCCGACCUGGCGAGAAUAUUCGAGGGAUACUCCGACAACAUGGAGAUCCCGCAGAUGCAAUAUUUGCUUAACCAAGUUGUUCGCGAAAAUAUCGACAGCGAGGCGCACAUAUCCGAGAACGCUUUAUCCGAUCCAGACGCCAAGGAGCUUAUCUCGGAGGCGAAUAAAACGCUCUCGAAUUUCCUGUUGGACUCUAGCGAAUGUCCGAACGAGAUCUCGGAGCAAACAGACUCCGGCAUAUGUACGGUAAUAUCGUCCGAGAACACCAGCUUGUACGACAAGAGUCCGGAGGAGAAGAAGACUUUCGAUAACGAGAUUCAGCAAGAGAGCGUCGGUGUGUCGGACGAGGAAGACGUGCAGGAGAACACCAGCUAUUCUUGCUCUAACAUGAACUCACCAAAGAAGAAGAAUCCCGCUAUUGCGGAGAACUCGUGCGUUUGCGGCACGAAGAGCGCUGGCAAAACGCCUACCUCGGAUCAUUCGAUCGAGGUGCCCGGUCUGCAUUCAAACGGAGACAGAGAGUCCACCGGCAAAAACAUUCCACGGAUAUCAUCCAACUUCGAUGGCACUAACGAGGAGUUUAUUGGCGUCGCUUACGGUAACGGCCAGUUGACUCUCUGCGAUUCCAAUCAAUCCACCUUUCAGAUAAACUAUUCUGAAAAUUGGGAAAAUCUCAAUUUGAACAUAGACGCGUCGAGUUCCAGGAAGGAGUUCUGGGAUGAUUUAAAAUGCGAAAAUUGCCCGUCCACUUCUCGAAGUAUCGAGAAAGUCGAGAGUAGGAUAGAGAGGUACGUGCAGGACAAGUCGAGGAGAACGAGAGACGAGAAGCAACGACGGCGACACCAGCACAAACUCGACCGAAACACGCACAAAGCUCACAGCAGACUGGGAGAGAAGAGACACAACCUGCAUAUUAUGCGGGUGACCACGAGCACCGACAGCUCCAGGUCGAAUUCCACGGAUCGAUGCUUGAACGCACGAUUGACCAGCCUCGGGGCUGGUCUGCAUCUCGGCCAAAGCACCAGACAGAUGCCGAAUUUCGGCAGUCGCAGCCCUCACAUAAGCCCGCGACUUCAUCACUUCGAAUCGCGCGGGCAAUGCUGUUGCAAUCUCGGUAAGCAUUGCGUGAACAAACACUCGCCGCACAGCAGAAAGUUGCUCGACCAUAGAAGAUCCAAGUCCGAGCAGAUCGCCAGAAUGAAGGAAAGAGAUAUCGAGAAGAGGGGGAGAUACGAACGGGAUAAAUAUGCACAUUUGGAACCUAGCAAGAGAAAACCUGGGAGCAGAAAUAAUCUGAUGAACGACGGAUUGGGCCCGAGAACGGACAAGAGCGGCUUGGCGACUGAGAUCGCGACUACGCCGCAGAACGUAGUUUGUCACGAAUAUCAAAGUGCAAAGGACGCGCGCAGAGCUGCGCGGGCAGUGAGAUUGGUCAACGCGUCGACGGUAUCUGGCGUAUAUUUAAAUCCUCAUCAAUCUUUGACCUACAAACCCGACGUAGCGUCAAGUUCCAGUUGUUCAAGCUGCUGCGAUUCGAGUUCAGAGACCAGCGAGUUUCACAGCGACUGUCAGGACGACGAGGAGAUUGCGCUGGCGAUGCAAGCCGCCGAGAUCGCGAAUAGAAAUCAGAUCAGAGCUAAAUUUCGAUCGUCGGAAGAUCUUGUCCAUCGCCUCUUCGUUUGUAUAGCAGGUGUGGCAGACCAAUUGCAAACGAACUUUGCAUCGGAUUUGCGGAACAUUUUGAAGUGCGUUUUUCUCAUGAACAGUAGUCAAGCAAUAGAGGACGUUGAAGAAUCGAAGGACCAGGUUUUAGCUUCCACGGUGAAUGCACCAAUAGACACGGCGGAGACAGAAAGUAUUCAUGAGCGGCAAGAGUCGUUACCAGAAUACGAAGAUGUAGACGAAACCGCUGUGAUAAACGACCGAAUUUCUCCUGUCACUGAAAGGGGGGAGGAAUGCGUCGAGAGAGCGCCUACUUGGGUGCCGGACAACGAUGCGCCAAGGUGUAUGGCCUGCCAGGCAGGAUUCACGGUUGUGCGACGUAGACACCAUUGCCGAAAUUGUGGUAAAGUGUUCUGUGGUCGUUGCAGCAGCAACAACGUUCCACUGCCUCAUUUCGGGCACACGAAACCCGUGAGGGUGUGCAACAGGUGUUUUCUGUAUCAAGUGACGCCUUUUACGGUUUCUCAAGUCUCGUCCACCAGAUGAAUGUUUCCGAAGUGGCUUGUAAAUCCGGUUAUUUUCUAUCGAAUUCCCUACGUGACACAUUUCCUUUCCAAUAUAGCAGAUAUUUGCGCAAAUUCAAGCAACCAUACUUUUCAUCAAUAAAAUAAGUAAAUAUCCUUGUAUUUUAUAGGAACAAGUUUCGAAGUUUCGUUAGAACAUGUAAUCAUGUGAUAUUCUCAUACGGUGUUGAAAAGUUUAGUUCAAUGAAUUAACCGCUGCUUCGUUAGCCGAGACACUUAUUCAACUAGACAAUUGGAAGUAAGUUUUUGAAAUAUUGGACUAUAUAUAUUUACUCCUCUUCUCCAUUUUUAUUCCUUAAGUGAAUAUAAAGGUACACUGAAUAUAUAUCGAAAGAUCUGGUGACAUUUCGAUUUAUCCAAUUUUUUUUUCAAUGUAUAAUUUGUAAAAUAAUAAAGAAGAACACUGUAGAGAGACGCGUUUGUACAAUAACGAACUGAGAAAUUGGAGGAAAAUCGCCUGUCACUAGAUCACUUAUGUACGUUAUUUUUACACUUGUGUGCACUUAAUCUAUAAAGUUAGAUAUAUAGGCGCUAAUCGCUCAUAUUUUUACAAUCAAACUAUAAAUAGUGUACAUACACCUGCGUAAUGUAUAAUGUGUACAUGUAUGGGAAUACGUAUGCACGUUUAAACGAGUAACGAUAAGGAAUGACAGAACGAAAAAAUUUCGCGUUCAAUAGUUGGGUCACGCCGUAACUUAUACCGCGAGAUAGAAUUUCUAAACGUCUACUGCCCGUUGAAGUGUUUUGGAGUAUAUACACACAGGUGCGUUAGCACACACCACUAGCUCCUGUGCCAAAUUUACGACAAUAAGUUUCCUCUUUCUUAUAUCUCGCACGAAUUUGGUUCCUAUUGGAAAGCUCGUACAAGAUACUUCCGAUUACUGCGAAACAUUGUGUUACGUUAAAGGUCUGGAUACCGCGAACUGUAUUCGUGAUAGACGAUUACUCGCCGUAGUACAUACGUGCGCUCCACGAUUGACAAAAAGUAUGAAUGUACGAAUCUUUUGCUCAUUGACGUUUCAUGAAUUUGUCGCGAUUUAAUAUUAAUUUCAAUUAAUAUAUUUGUAUAUCGUUAUCAAUUUUGUUUCCAGUUACAUUUUAUUGUAAGACGUUGGUUUUCACGAGAUGUGAAAAGAUAUAAUAAAUUUCAUAACAGCUUUCCUCAAAUUUUCGUUUUUAACGAAUCUCAAUUCGUUAUUGCAUUGAUAUCCAAAAGUCAAUACAAAUGACACGAAUUCAAAUUCGUGGUUUGACUAGUGGCAAUUUUGAAUGUGUAUAUAAUAUACAUAAUUUUAAAAAGUUUACUUUCAUUUAAAAAAACUUGAUAGAAUCGAAAACGUAUCAAUGUGAAAAUAAGUACGCGUCACGAUCAUGUAUAAACGAUUGUAUAAACGGCGAGUCGAUUGACUGCGAUUAACAUCAUGCAACGCUGAACGUUAAUUGAAAACGUUGUAUAUCAAUAAUCUGAUCAUUUAGACACGUAAUUAUGAUUAUCGAGUUUCAUAUGAACGUAACGUAUAAUAACGUUCUCUAAAAAUAACGAAUAACUGAUAUCACUCGGCGCGAACGGAUUAGGAAAUCGUUAUGUAUUAUAAUCGCGUGUGUGCGUAUUGUAAACUACAGGUAAGACUUUUUACUAUUUGAAGAAAAAAAAAUUGUAUAAUAUCUACGGAACAGUGCUUGUAAGUUCGUGAGAAAGUGUUAGCGGGGAAGAAAUAAAAAAAGAACUUAUUUCUGUAAGGAGCACAUCGAGUAGGGGGUAUAAUCUUUAGAUUACAGAUGUUUAGACGGAGAGUUAUUUUUUACAUGUAAUCGAUGCCUUGCUAGAAUAUCGCGCUUUCGAUUUCGAAUGCGACGAAGGAAGCCUCCGGCUGAAAAAAGAAGUCUAGCGAUUAAGCAGGAAACCGCUGCUAAGCAUCUCAUCUCCCUUAUAUAUGUGCGAAUCAUUUUGGUAAUCAGGUUUUCCCCUGUGCCUAAAUUAUCACAGGCACCGAACUAUAUUAAUAGUGGAAUGCUCCGACGCGCCCGAAAGAUGAUCCGAGAGAGAUUUGAAAAGGUCUCGUGUGUCUCUCUCUUCUUUCUCUCUCAGAAAAAUAGUCUAAUAAACUUAUUUGAUGUUCUAUAAAAGAAUAUAGUAGUAAAAUAUAGUAGUAAAAUACUAGAACAAUAUAUUGAUAGCAGAUUCGACCAGAAUUUGUUGUAGAUUAGCAUUUAUAUUCGCAUUGAGCUUGUGUGUUCUUUUCCAGUAAAGCUUGCUGCGACAAUUUAUUAAUAAGAUUUAAUUAAAUUAAUUGAAAAUAUGAAAUGGAAAAAAGAAUAGAACUUUCUUCUUGUGGAAACAAAGAACUGUCAAUGUAAUUCCAUAGCAAUCACCGAUCGACUCAUAUUCAGCAAAUUUUUAAUUCGGCUUCACUUUACGUAUGUACCUAUAUGAUUGGUAUAUAUGAAAUUUAUUAAAGAACUAAAAAAUUGAAAGAAACUUUUGAGAAGCGUGGCACUGCGCCUAAUCUAAUUCUCUCUCUUUUUCUCGGUGCAAACACAUUUCGUGCGAGGCUUAUGUGGGAAGAGGGGAAUUCCAGUAUUACCAUAGUUCAGUGAUCGCAGACUAACCUGUGAAUAUAAAUUAAACGAAAAAAAAUAAUAAAAGGGUAUAAAAAGGGAAAAAGAAAGAAAGUAGAUGUGUAAAAAAAAAGUGACGAAAUGAAAUGAGAUAUAUAGAUUGGAUCAAAAGCCACAAUGUCGCGAAUAAAUUCGAAUAAAGGAAAGCUUCAUUUAUGCGAAAUGAAAAUUAAAAGUACAAUAUACAAUAUUGAUGAUUGGUUGAUAUUGGCGGAAUUGACAUUGUAGAAGAGAACUGAGGCUUGUUUUAAAACAACUACUUUAACGAUAGUUCGUUAACUAGCUGCAAUGUCAUUUCUCUUUCGGCGCGGUGAUUUUGGUCCACUCGAUAUGUCGAGGGGGCUUACGAUUUGCCAAUUAAUCAAGACAUUUCCAUUACGAGGCGACAGAGUGUGCCCCUCUGAAUUAUUUUUGUAUUAUUUGCCUAAGUGUACGCAUAGAAACGUAUUCUUAGCGCGUUUGACGUUUGAUGUUGGAACGAGGGAUCGUCGCGAAAGGCGCGUAAUAUCGGUUGGCCGGGGUAAUGAUCGAUAACAAUGUGUAACCAAUGAUAAAAUGUUAUUAUUAAUUGCUAUUGACCAUAGUACUGGACACACCGAAUUCACUUCGAUCGAUAUCGGAAGGCUAACGAUGUACGACGUUAUGUCACGUGUCACACGAUUUUCAAGGAACGGAAAGAAAAUAUUUGUAGAAUUAUAGAUGGACGUGUAUAUGCGUGUGUGUAUGUAUUUGUGCGUGCAAAUAACAACUAUUCGCAAUAUUACAUCGCGGGACGAAAUGUCUCUUUAAUAUUUGAAUGCACUGUGGUUUCGGUAAUGGAUGUAUUCAAACACGAAUAUAAAUAAAGUUUGUUAAUUAAAA